CAAAGGCUAACGAGUUACUUUCUUACGUUAAUUAGUUAUGAAGCCCUCCCUUCAAACUAUGGCUUAGGCCAAAACAUGCUUGCGGGUGCCUUUGCGGGAAUCGCGGAGCACUCUGUGAUGUACCCCGUUGACUUGCUCAAGACCCGCAUGCAAGUUCUGCACCCAUCCACCGGCGGUCUCUACACAGGGUUGACCAACGCGGUUUCCACCAUUUACCGGAUUGAGGGAUGGCGCACUCUAUGGAAGGGUGUUUCCAGUGUCAUUGUUGGUGCUGGACCGGCACACGCGGUGUACUUCGGUACAUAUGAGCUGGUGAAGGAUAUGGCUGGUGGUAAUGUGGACGGAGGGCAUCAUCCUCUUGCUGCUGCUUUGAGUGGAGCUUCGGCGACCAUUGCCAGCGAUGCAUUGAUGAACCCAUUUGACGUCAUCAAGCAGCGUAUGCAGGUCCACGGUUCGGUACACAAGAGCUUGAUGCAGUGCGCUAAGACACUCUAUCGCACUGAGGGUCUCCAAGCCUUCUACGUCUCCUAUCCUACAACCCUUUGCAUGACUGUCCCCUUCACAGCCACCCAAUUCGUCGCCUACGAGUCCAUUUCGAAGGUGAUGAACCCUAAGAACGAAUACGACCCCUUCACGCAUUGUAUGGCUGGUGGUCUUGCUGGUGCAUUCGCUGCGGCUAUCACAACACCGCUGGAUGUCGUAAAGACCCUUCUUCAGACCCGUGGUCUUGCCCAGAACGAGGAAAUCCGUAGCGCCAAGGGCCUGGUUAAUGCGGCUACAAUCAUCAAGCGCCAGUUCGGCUGGGGUGGAUUCCUGCGCGGCAUGCGCCCCCGUAUUAUCUCCACGAUGCCCAGUACUGCGAUCUGCUGGACAUCUUAUGAGAUGGCCAAGGCCUACUUCAAGAACCUCGAUUAA